AUGGAUUCUUCACUAACGGAGACAAAUAUGACUUUUUCGAAACCUCAAACAAACAGAAGUCACAUGGAUACAAGUUUGGAGGGUUUUUUCUACGAGGAUUUACACAAUCUCCGCAUGCCGUGGAUACACGAGGCUCAUUUUUUACCCACCGUCAUUGUUUAUGGCGUAACUUUUCUCAUUGGCAUUAUUGGCAACAGCCUUGUUAUCUUUGCAAUGGUCGGGGACAAACUCUCUCGGAGUGUCACAUCUUCGUUCCUCGUCAGUCUUGCCUUGGCAGACAUUGUCUUCCUGGUCGUCUGUGUUCCCUACGAAACCGCCAAAUAUUUCAUCGGUCACUGGGCCAUCGGUACGGUCCUCUGUAAACUAGUGGGUUUUAUCGAGAUGAUGACAGCCGUUACAUCUAUUCUUAACUUGACAGCUGUUAGUAUAGAAAGGUACGUCGUAAUCGUUCACCCGAUGAAAUCUAGGAGAAUCUGUACUGCGAAAAUCACUAAGAUCAUUCUGUCAUGCGUUUGGAUCAUUUCCAUGAUGGCGUCGGCUCCGAUGAUACACGUCAUGCAUACAGAGACAGCCACAUAUUACAACAACGACAGCACCGUGGUCAUGAUUUACUGUGGAGAUGUGGGCAUACCGGAAGUCAAGCGGUUGUGGGUGGCGGUCUAUCGUUUUCUGCUGAUGGUCGUUCUUCCGGCAUUGGUCAUUAUUUUCUGUUACGUUCGCGUCAUUCACGUUCUCUGGAUUAGUACAAAGGACUUACACCGGAUGACAAGCCAACAAAGAAAUCGAUACGACGACAGCAGUAAGGAAAGCUGUAAAUCUCAACACCGGAAACCUUUCUUAUCACCCAAGUGCUCUGAUUCGUCCCCAAUCAACAAAUCUGCCAGGGCUUUCCAUAAUAAUGAGAGGACAAAGCACUUCAAAUCCAGACUGAAAGACCAAAGUAGGACAAUUCAGGACGCCAGAAAACAGGUCAUCAAAAUGUUGAUAGCCGUCAUUGUUGUAUUCGUUCUGUCAUGGGGACCCAAGCUUGCUUUCCAAAUAAUGCAGCGGUUACACUUGGAGAUCAUGCAUUAUCAACUGGCUUUUACCUGUAAGAUAAUACUGGAUUGUCUCCCUUACAUCCAAUCUUGCAUCAAUCCGUUAAUAUACGGUUUCAUGUCGAAGAAUUUCAGACAGAGCAUGAGGCUAGCAUGCCGGCGACAUUGCUACGUGUACGGCAAGAAUUACGGUCCGGUUCGGCGGAUCUUCGGAAUGGACAUAGACACGGAUUCCCGGGCACAAAACGGGACUACACAUUCAUUUAUCUCCCAUAGAACGGCCGCUAGAAUGACGAGCCUUCGGCGCCAGGAAACUGUGCUUUAUUAG